AUGCUAAUGACAUUUCUAUUGUUAGUUGGAGCAUUUAGUGGAGCAAAAAGAAAGCAAAGCUCAAGUCUCAAACAAGCUAAACAGCAAGCCAAACGACAAAAGGAGGGUACAAACUCAACAGUAAUUUGCAAAAGUUGUCAACAAAGUGGCCAUAAUAUGUCACUUCCCCGUUUAUGUCCCAACCACAAUCUCGCAAAGAAUGAAGUGCUUGCAAGAAACCUUGGCUUUCCGUAUAUAGCUUUCACUAGGAAACUUCCGUUGGACUCUAUUGUCAAGAGUGAUUACAAAGAGGUACUCAAAAACAAGAUUAUUGUCAGUUCAAGAGACGCCCGCAAUAUCGUAUCCAGGGCGAUGCUGUUGACUAAUAGCUAUAGUUUGUCGAAACCCCAUGAUUCCAUACCUCACGCUUACUCAAAAAUAACGAAUAACGCCAAUACACCAGCAGACCUCAUAUCAUACUGGAAUACUUUCAAAGACACAAAUCCAAAUGCUGUAUAUCAGCAAAAGUUGAUAAAGGGGGCCAGUCAAUGCCUCACCGAAGCUUGCAAAGAGUUGGAGACAUGCUACAACAACCAUACUGUUGAGAAUUUUGAACAACGAUUGCU